CGGUCGGCGGCGCCAGUUCACUUGCGAGCGCCACGGGGCUGCCGCGCUCUCCACGCGUAGAGCCCUAGUUCGCGAUCCCAAUAACUUUGUGCACUGGAAACUUUUCAAAGCGAUUCCGGACGGUUCCGAUAGUCCCGGAUCACUUUCGUUUCGAAUUUCGAGUCGCGUCGUAAAGUAAUACGUGCGAGCGAUCAUUGUUGCGUGUUUAUACGAGUUGGUCGGUCUAUUUUUGAAUAUUCUCUAAACGCUUGACGGCGAAGUUUUCGAAACGCAGCCCGCCGGAGCCGGGUUAACGUCCGCUGUGUAUGCAGCACGCCUGCAUCACGUCUCUUGUGUUUUUAUUGAUGGAUUUUUGUUGUUAACCUCCACAGUUGUAUCCGACAAACGUUAUCUUUACAUUUGUGCGGGGCCUCUCCCAUGUAGUCUUUCACUCGGACGGUGAUGGCUACGGAUGACCUUGAUUUAGUGGUUGUUUUUGUGAUUGGUGCUAGUGAGUGAUUGGCAGCGAGAGUGCUUGUCGGCGGCUAGAGCCAGUGUGGUUAGUGAUAUUGGUGCCAGUGAUGUGACAGUCUAUGGAAGCGUCAGGGUUGACUCGGAAUGUUCACGAAGCACGGCAAGGCCGCUGAGCGGUGCCACCACCCCCACUCGCAUAGGGGCUGUAAGAAGAAAAAACCGGCUCCGCACACGCCCUGGAAGUACUUGAUGAAUUGCCCACUCGUUAGAAAAUGUUUUGGCCUACAGUUGCGGAGCAUAGAGGAGCCGGCGGGAGGCGCGGGCGGCGGCAUGCCCGCGCCUACCUGCUACGAUGCUGAAUGCGCGCGCACCGAAGCCUGGCUCGACGAGAACCAGGAGUUCGUGCAUGACUACUUCUUGAGGAAGGCGACGCGGCAAGUGGUGGACGCGUGGCUUGUAUCGCACGCGACGCCCCCGAGCGCCGAGCUUGCGUCGCCGUCGCGCGCCGGCUCUGGUUCCGGGGCGACCACUCCUGUCAGGAAGAUCUCUGCGCACGAGUUCGAGCGCGGCGGUCUUCUGAAGCCGUUGGUGACGACGGUCGACGGCACUCCUACCUUCCUUGGAGACCAGCCUCCUCAUGCCACACCUUCGCGGCCGCAGCGGAGGUCGAGGCAUGAACUGCGGCAGCUGGAUGAAAAGGAACUUAUAUUUGAAUUAGUCAAAGACAUAUGCAACGAGCUAGAAGUUCGGGUGCUGUGUCAUAAGAUUCUACAAAAUGUAUCAAUACUGCUGGAUGCCGAUCGAGGGUCGCUGUUUUUGGUGCAAGGAGAGAGAGCGUCACCCAAUCCACAAAAUGGCAGGUGUUUAGUGUCGAAGUUGUUCGACGUUUGCUCCAAGUCAACGCCGGAGCAGAUGGAGCAGCUCGACGAGAUCCGGAUACCGUGGGGCAGCGGCAUCGUCGGCUAUGUUGCCGAGAGCGGCGAGCCCGUCAAUAUACCUGAUGCCUAUAAGGACGAGAGGUUUAACCACGACAUUGACCAACAGACGGGUUAUAAAACGAGGUCACUUCUCUGCAUGCCCAUUAAGGACAUUAAUGGAGAGGUCAUUGGUGUUGCUCAGGUUAUAAACAAACAGAGCGAUGGUCCUUUCACGGCCUACGACGAGAAAGUCUUCGCAUCCUACCUACAGUUCUGUGGCAUCGGCCUUCGGAACGCACAGCUUUACGAAAGAUCCCAGUUAGAAGUUAAACGGAAUCAGGUCCUACUAGACCUUGCUAGAAUGGUGUUUGAGGAGCAGAGUACUAUUGAACACAUGGUCUUAAGGAUACUUACGCAUACGCAGAGCCUCAUACGAUGUCAACGGGUACAGGUACUAUUAGUCCACGAGGCAUCGAAGGGCAGUUUCUCCCGAGUCUUCGACCUGGAAGCUGGUGAUGACACCGACUUGAAUGCACAAAGGACGUCACCGUAUGAAAGUCGGUUUCCUAUAAACAUUGGCAUCACGGGUUACGUCGCUACUACAGGCGAGACGGUGAACAUCGCGGAUGCCUAUUUAGAUCCCCGUUUUGAUCCGUCCGUCGACGAAGGCACCGGAUUUAAACACAACACAAUACUUUGCAUGGCCAUUAAGAAUUCCGAGGGGAGGAUUAUCGGAGUCAUUCAGUUAAUCAACAAGUUUGACGAGCUGCUUUUCACGAAGAAUGACGAGAACUUUGUGGAGGCUUUCGCGAUAUUCUGCGGGAUGGGCAUACACAAUACGCAUAUGUACGAGAAGGCUAUCACUGCGAUGGCGAAACAGAGUGUUACGUUAGACGUACUAAGUUACCACGCGUCCGCAUCAUUAGACGACGCUCAACGGCUACGGACAUUAAGGAUACCAUCAUCAGCCCACUUCAGUCUCCACGAGCUCGCAUUCGACGACAUAGAAAUGACUGACGACGACACGCUCCGGGCUUGUCUCCGCAUGUUCUUAGACCUGGAUUUUGUGGAGCGCUUCCACAUAGACUAUAGCGUGCUCUGCCGAUGGCUGCUGAGCGUCAAGAAGAAUUACCGCAAUGUUACGUAUCAUAAUUGGAGGCAUGCCUUCAAUGUGGCGCAGAUGAUGUUCGCUAUUUUGACGGAGACGCAGUGGUGGAAGAUAUUUGGCGAACUGGAGUGUCUGGCACUCAUCAUCGGCUGUCUCUGCCAUGACCUUGAUCACCGGGGGACCAAUAAUUCGUUUCAAAUCAAGGCAUCAUCACCACUCGCACAGCUGUACUCCACGUCCACGAUGGAACACCACCACUUCGACCAGUGUCUCAUGAUCCUCAACUCGCCUGGAAACCAGAUCCUGCUCAAUCUGUCAUCAGAUGACUACGAGAAGGUCGUCAAAGUGCUCGAAGACGCUAUCCUAUCCACCGAUUUGGCUGUGUAUUUCAGCAAACGCAAAGCAUUCAUCGAGCUCGUAAGCACGGAACGCCAAGUUACCCCCAAUUGGGGUGAAUGCGAAGACCGGCGCGGUCUUCUCCGAGCCAUGCUGAUGACCGCGUGUGACCUCGCCGCGAUCACCAAGCCGUGGCCGGUGGAGCGAAGGGUGGCGGCUUUGGUAGCUGGUGAAUUCUUCAGACAAGGAGACCUGGAGCGGCAGAACUUGAAUUUGACACCUAUUGACAUAAUGAACCGGGAUAAGGAAGAUGAGCUCCCUGCGAUGCAAGUCAAAUUCAUUGACACCAUAUGCCUGCCUAUCUAUGAGGCAUUCGCAGUCCUGUCACCGGCAUUACAGCCACUGCUGGACAGAGUGAAGAGCAACCGCGGCCACUGGAUCGACCUCUCCAACAACGACAGCGGAGAGAAGUUCGACUACGGACUCGACAAGGAACCCGAGAGGAACGACAAGUCCAGCAUCAGCUCACAGAACGUCGACGAUACAGAGAACACGUACGAAGGAGACAGCAGUGGAGCCGUCAGCCUCUCCUCAGAAACAAACUCCAAAUACGAAAACCUUGAAAAUCCCGUCGUAGGACUGCUCUGCAAUAACGUCCUCACGCUACGAGACCCCAACAAGUUCUGUCAACUCAAUGACUAUUAACUUAUCCCGCUAUAGACUAUGACAAUGUGAUAAAGUGAAUAAGCGGCUUGUUAGUGCUCCCACGUUUCAAAGGCCAAUAGCGAAGCCAAAUCGUCCAUUUAGGAUGUUAGGAUUAGAAUACUUUAAGUUUCUAAGUAUCUAGCACAACUAACAAAAAUUCACUAAGUUUUAUUAAUUGUGAUUCGUAAGUUGUAUUGCAUUUUAGAAAAUGAAUUUAUUUGUCAUCGUGUCGUGUGUUCAUUUGUUUAUAUUUCACAUCAUUAUUUUCCUAUUGGUCUGCUUGGAAUGUCGGACGGUCACGUGAAUACAUUAUAAUGCAGUUCGCGCGAGUUUCUACUGACAGCUGUGUGAUAUUCGUUUAGUAAAUAGAUGAUUUAGUCGAAUUUGAAAUUUAUCUAAACGCAUGGCGUAAUUAUUCGAUAAGUUGUCAUGACCAUCGCCGCACUAUUUUUAUACACUUCAUUAUGUAGCUUUACAUUUUUAAGUACCUAUAAGAGAAAAAUUUACAAGUAGGUAUGUUAUGUUUUUAAUUUACCUCAUUCGUCUAUUCCUACUACGUAUUACAUGAAGUUGUUUCGUGUGUGUCGAUAGUUUUGGUAUCAUUUAAGAUACAGUUUACAGCUAAUGAAAUAUUCAAUUUCUCAUAGAAACAAAAAUAUUUCGACCCUUUUUAAAUAAUCUAAUCCCCUCUAACCGCAGUAAGUGUAACAAAACAGGGCCUAACUGUCGUGACGUAGUCGUAUGACCAAAAUACCAAAAACUUUUAUGUAGUUGUUGUACUAAAAUCUUAUUGUUUUCUGUUAUUCGGAUUUAUCAUUAAUUCUUUCAUAACUGUGUAUUUCAUUAUGGAAAAUUUUAAAUUAUUAUAAAUUCUAUUAUUAAAAAUGUUUGAUUAUAUGAAUUGAGUGUGUGUGUGGAAAUAUUAUGGUAUACACUUGCGACAUUUCGUGUGUAUAAGACGUCAACUAGUUAUUUCCAGUCGCACAACGUAAUUUUUGUAAAUAAUUAAUCAAUGUUAUAAAUACUGUAAUACUAACAUGUUGUAAUUUUGGUAAGUACUUAUUAUAAAUUCGGGUUUUCUCUAAUUAUUACUACAUGGAUAAUUUUUGUUCUAUAUCUGCUUAUAGGAACUGUGGCCUCGCAUUAUUUUUCAAGACAGUUAUGGCACCCGCUGAUGAUCCAUUCCAAUGUAAUUUUCGAUUAAAAAUAGAUUUUUUUCAUCAACUUUGUUUGUGUUGUCCGCUAAGUUUUUAUAGCGAAAGUGUCAAUUAUAUCUGAAAUUAAAUUUAUCAUUCUAAAUAACGUGCAAACGUUAUUGGAACGAUAGUUUAAAAUCUGUAAACUUUGUUACACAUGUUUUAUUAAACUGCAAUAUUUUGCACUUUUCUUAUAAAAUGUACAUUCGCUAGUAGUUGUUCUUCUAGUAUUUUAUUCAAUUUGACUCUUAACGAUCAUGUCUUAAUUUGAAUGCGUUUUUGUACUUUAUAAAUGUUUUUAAAAUAUUGCAAAUUAAUAAAUAAUAACAUUCUAACGUACAAAGUUAAGAUUUAAACAACUUUCCCCUCUAUGUAUGCUUUAUAUUUGGAAGCAAAACAAUUUCGAGUUGUUACUUCACAUUUUGGACUUCUUCAUACAUAAUUAUGACCAAAUCCUCCAUAAAGAAAGUUAAAGAAAUAUAUUUUGUAAUUGGAAUAAUUCUCUCUAUAAGCAUUAGAUAUUUACAUGAAAAAAAUCUCAAAUUAAUUGUGGUAAUAAAACUAUGUACAACAUUAAUUUUAAGAUUGCUGUAAGUAUUAUUAGAAAGUAAUUAGAAAAAUAAUAAUUGUAAUUCACUAAAUGACGAGUUGUAUGGUGUGUGAAUAAUUGUGGAGGUUGUUUUGUUCCAAACAAAAAUGUUAUUUAUUUAUGAUUAAACAAAUUUUGAAAUAA